AUGUCUCCAAGAAUGAUUGGAAUCAAUCGAAAAGUUGAAAACCAAUCUGAUUUUAUCAUAUGUGAAAGAAAUCGAUAUGAUAUUUGCCUGUCGUCGAUUAUGUAUUGCAAUGAACUUAAACCAGAAUAUGUUAAAUGUUCUGAAAAGAUAUGGAAAGAGGCUCGUCCGAGAUUAUUGAUUCCGAAAGAGUUGCCAACAGUCGCUGACUUAGUAAUAAUUGAAUACAACAGGCUUUUGAACGACAAAGAACAACUUAAUACAAAGUGGUGCAAUAAUUGGGCAAAAGGGAAUAUGUUAUUAACAAGCGAAGACAAAGACAUUUUUGAUUGUGUGCAGAUAGUUGCAAGGAAUUUCAUUACCUAUUUAUCUUCGGAAAUUUUUAAUAAAGCCGAAUUUUCAUUAGUUUGGGCAAAUGGCGAAUCCGAAAGUUCUAAAGAGAGACGUUUAUUAGAUGGUCAUAAUCAUAGUAGAAAGCCAGACUUUCAGAUUCUCGUAAAUAUUGAAGAGGCUGACAGAAAACUCAUAUUUGGCGAGAUAAAGCCACCUCAUUGCACUAUCGCCAUAAAUCAACGCAUUAUAAAGUUAGCAGAAUUUAUGAAAAGGUCUUUAGAUUAUCUUAUUAACGUUUACGGUUAUGUGGCUGGUCUGGAAACAUAUGGCAUAUUAAUUUAUGCACCGAUUUGA